AUGGCAGCGAUUCAAUAUGCGCCCUUCUCCUCCGAGAUCGAACUCCCCUUCUACGCCGCCCUCUUCUCCUCCAAGCUCGAGCAUGACAAACUCAACGACUCGGCGCGCCGCGUGCUCGGCCAGUACACGACCUUGCCGGUCGAGCCGGGCCAGAGCUGCAAGAUGUCGAUCCUAGGCAACGCGCUCACCAGCGACCAGCCCAACGACGAGCAUGUCCGCGCCGAGGGCUGGAUCAAGAAUGUCAACACGAUCGAGGACUUCAAGAACACCGACAAGCAAGCUAUGCUGAAGCUUGCAGCAAGACACGUCUGGGACGCCAUCAACGACGGCACCAUCUACUCCGUUCCCUCCCUCCUUUCGUCCUUCACGAUCCUCUCAUACGCCGACCUGAAGAAGUAUAAGUUCACGUACUGGUUUGCGUUCCCGGCAUUGCAUUCAGACCCCCAGUGGAAGCGUACAGGCCCGAUUGGCCGCCUUGAUCCCAAAGAAAGCACGGCGCUGGUCGAUCGGGUAGGCACUUGGCAAGCGAAUCGCGACAAGAGGCAGAACGGCUUCUUCCUCGCCAAGAAGGCCCGGGGCGUCGAUGUUAGCGAUUUGGAUAAGGAUGCAAACAGCGACCUCCACGACCUCAACGACGCUUUUGGCUACGUGUGGGAGGUUGCCAACCUCGGCGACUUUGAGAACAGUUUCUUUGACGAUGUUGCCGAGGAGGACCGGUACGUCGCGUUCGUCGACCCGUCAACGUACCCCGAGAACCCGUCUUGGCCUUUGCGCAACCUCCUGUGGCUUAUCCGACAGCGGUUCCGCCUGACAAAGGUGCAGAUUCUGUGUUACCGGGACAUCAGAUCAAGCAGGCAUGCCGCCAGAAGCAUCAUUUUGCCUUUGGAGAUGGACCCCGUAGAGCCUCUUGCCGUCACUGAGAUGCCCAAGGUCACUGGUUGGGAGCGAGAUGGAGAAGGUAAGCUCCGAGCCAGGAUCGCGAACCUCGGCGAGUACAUGGACCCCGCGCGACUGGCGGACCAAUCGGUAGACCUGAACCUCAAGCUCAUGAAAUGGCGGAUUUCGCCGAACCUGGAUCUGGACACAAUCAAAUCUACCAAGUGUCUGCUGCUAGGAGCUGGCACGCUCGGCAGCUACGUAUCCAGAAACCUCAUGGGCUGGGGCGUCCGCAAAAUCACCUUUGUAGACUACGGACGUGUGUCGUACUCGAAUCCCGUCCGACAGCCUCUGUUCGAGUUUGAAGACUGCUUGGAAGGUGGGAAGCACAAAGCGCCACGGGCUGCUCAGGCCCUCAAGAGGAUCUAUCCCGGCGUCGAGAGCGAAGGCCAUGUUCUGUCCGUCCCCAUGCUGGGCCAUCCCUUUACGGACGAGGCCAGAAGCAAGGCGGAUUACGACAAGUUGAAGCAACUGAUCGACGACCACGAUGCCAUCUUCCUCCUGAUGGACAGCCGAGAGUCAAGAUGGCUCCCGAGUGUUUUGGGCAAGGCCGCCGGCAAGAUUGUGCUCAACGCCGCGCUCGGGUUCGACUCAUUUGUGGUCAUGCGGCAUGGCGCCGAGCCCGACAACGUCCAGCCAGAGGACAAGGAGCGGCAUACGCUCGGCUGCUACUUCUGCAACGAUGUUGUAGCACCGGCCGAUUCGCAAAAGGACCAGACUUUGGACCAGCAGUGCACAGUCACUCGACCUGGCGUAGCAGCCAUCGCCUCGGCACUUCUUGUCGAGCUCUUUGCAAGUCUCCUCCAACAUCCUCUCAAGCAACACGCGCCAGCGCCACAGACAUCGAAUGACGAAAAGGACCCCGUUGACCACGCUCUGGGACUGGUACCCCAUACCGUCCGUGGCUCCUUGCACAACUUCAACAACAAGGUGAUUCGCGGCGAGUCAUACCCGUGCUGCAGCGCUUGUGGCCCCCCGAUUCUCGACGCGUAUCGGACCGAAGGUUGGAGAUUCGUGAAGAAGGCGCUAUUAGAGAAGGACUACGUCGCCGAGCUGUCAGGGCUGGCGGAGGUGCAGCGAGAGGCCGAGAGGCGGGCGUCUUCGAUGGACUGGGAAGAGGAGGAAGACGGAGCGGACGAGGGAGACGGAGAGUUGAUUUAA